UCAGCUCUUUAAUUUUAAAAUAUGACCGAAUGAAUAUUACCCUGUCUCUGCUCCUCUGUUUCUUCCUCUGUUUUCUAUUGUUCUCUACUUUAUUAUUAUUAUUAUUAUUAUUAUUGUCAAUUAGCUCAAGUGAUAAUGGAGGAGUCCUUCGUACCCAAUGGGCGAGGAGCAUAUGGGAGGGGGCUGGCCGGGCUCCGGCGAACCAGUGUCGAGGACUCGGCCUCAGCCAUUGGAAGAGGCUUCAUGAUCAUGAUACGUGGGAUCCUCAUCCCUUCUUAAUGAAACCUGGAAAGAGAACCAUAAUACUCUUUAUAUUAUUAAAGAGAGAAGGGGUGCUUCUCUGGUGUCGGGAGAGUUGUAGUGGAGCACAGCUGGCCGUGCGAAGGGACCACCAGAAGGCGCAGCAGUGGAACCGAUGUUGUUGCUGCCAGAGGGACAAAGCCAACGAGACGACGCCGAUAGACAAGAGAAGCAAGAUCGCCAGAGAAUCAAGAAUGCCAAAGAAUCAAGAAGGACACGAGACCAAGACGGCUGAGAACGGAGAGUGGCAGCAGCAAAGUCCGCGAUACCACGACCACGACAAGUGCAGAGACGACGAACGGAGGCGACGCCGGAGAAACAGAGACGACGCUGGAGAAGGAGACAACAUACCAAAAGACCACGAACAGACCACAACCACGACGAGUGCAGAGACGACGCUGGAGAAGGAAACGCGAGACGGUGGAGAACUGAGACGACGCUGGAGAAGGAGAAAUAGAGGCGAGCGGCGAACAAAGAGACCACGAACAGACCACAACGUGCAUGAGAAAGUGGCGACGAUAAUGACAGCACCGAGAAGCCAAGGGAACACCGAGAGGGAGCCAGAGGAUUGACGAGGGGUGCCGAAAACCAGAAGGAGAGCUGGAGUGGGCGGCGGCGGCGGGAAAAAAAAAAAAUUAAAGAACCCUAGGCUCUGAUACCAUGUUAAAAGAGAAACUCUCAGUCUUUUUUAUUAACACUGUAUAAGACUUUAUAACUAAAGAAGGUAGGAUAUAUAAGGGUAACUUAGGAAAUAUAUAAGAGUACAAGGGUAACUUAGGAAGUAUACUAACACAUAUUUUAUGGGAAAACCAAUGGAUAAGGUUGCUAUGACAGAGGCAGUGGUACAUGAGUUUUUUAUAUAAAAAUAAAACCUUCUACAUUGUUCUAUUAUGUAGUCUUACCCAAAAUCAAUUGAAAGAAGACGUAGCUUCUGGAUUGUUCUAAUAUCUACUAACUUUAUUUUAAUUAUAUAUACACAUUACCCCAUUCAGUUUUUUAAUGGAAGUGCCUUGAAAGACAAAAAGCCAUAUAUUACAACACUCUGUUUUAUCCGGGUCCAUGCACGUCUCUCCCAUAAUAUCAUAACCCCCGGGAAGGGAAGUUCCAGACCUUUCCUGAGAAAAACACCAGCCCAUGCCAAAGGCCAAAGCUCUAGAGCUUUCUAUCCAUCAAUCCCCGGGAACGUGCUCUGCAUUAUUUGGGUCCUCUCCCAUUAUAUUUAAUACUCCAUUCCUUGUGGAUUCCCACCCACAGGAAGUGAAGCUCCAGAACAUUCCGCCCACUCUGCCAAAUGCCAAAGCUCUAGAACUUUCUAGCUAUAGAUUUAUUAUUAAUUUUUUCUCAAGUGAUAAUGGAGGAGUCCUUCGUACCCAAUGGGCGAGGAGCAUGUGGGAGGGGGCUGGCCGGGGUCCGGCGAACCAGCGUCGAAGACUCGGCCUCAGCCAUUGGAAGAGGCUUCAUGAUCAUGAUACGUGGGAUCCUCAUCCCUUCUUAAUGAAACCUGGAAAGAGAACCAUAAUACUCUUUAUAUUAUUGUCUUUGGUAUUACAAUCAAUCAACAUAAAGAGAAGGGGUGCUUUUGUUGAUACUCCCAUGGAAUUAAAUGUCAAGUUUCGUAAAGAGAAGGGGGAUUUACUUGCUGAUCUUAGUUUAUAUCGGAAGUUGGUGGGUAGUCUUGUCUAUCUCACCAUUACUAGACCAGAUAUUUCUUUUGCUGUACAGCAAUUCUACUCGACUUACUAAUAGCGAUGCUGAUUGGGCUGGUUGUGUGGAUACAUGUCGCUCCAUAACUAGUUGGUGUGUGUUCUUUGGUGAUGCAUUGAUCUCUUGGAAGAGUAAAAAGCAAGACAGAGUUUCUAAGUCAUCGACGGAAUUUGAAUACCGGGCAAUGUUGAUAAUACGAGUGCUGCUAUCUAGAUCAUGGUCAAUCCUGUCUAUCAUGACCGCAUGAAGCAUAUUGAAGUCGAUUCUCACUUUAUUCGUGAAGCAUUUGAAGCUCGUGUUAUCACUCUUCAACAUAUUUCCACUGAAUUACAAAUUGCUGAUAUCUUCACCAAGACUCUCACUUGUCAUCAACAUAGCUUCCUAAGUAGCAAAUUGAUAAUUUUUUA